AGAUCUAAUAAAAAAAGUUGAGGGUGAAGUAGAAGAGACGUAUGUGAGGGAUGAUCAGCAAUAUAUGGAGGAGGCUGGAAUGAUGAGGACAUUCAAAGUGGAGGAGGACACUCCUACAGAUAUCAGCACAGGACAUGCCAUCAGGAAACCCUCAAAGGCUCGUAUCACUUUAUCUCCAGUUUGUAUAAUGGAAGAUGAGGACAUCAUAAGAGAUUGUGCAGGAGAAAAGACAAUGAGCUCAGCUAUGGAUGGGGGACUUCACAGUGUGGAGAGACCAUCAAAUCCCUCUGACUCUGAGCAACCUCGUACUGUGAGGGAUGGUGCCGCAAUUCAGGGGGACGAGAAGUUUUCCUGUCCUGAAUGUGGGAAACGUUUUAGCUCUGAAUUAAGUCUUACUGUACAUCAGAGAUCUCACACUGGUGGAAAGCUUCAUCGCUGUUCUGAGUGUGGGAAAUGUUUUGCAACAAAAUCAAAUCUUUUUAGACAUCAAAGAUCUCACACCGGGGAGAAGCCGUAUUCUUGCACUGAGUGUAAGAAAUGUUUUGCACAGAAAUCGUAUUUUGUUUUACAUCAGAGGAGUCACACUGGGGAGAAGCCGUAUUCUUGCACUGAAUGUGGGAAAUGUUUUGCACAGAAAUCACAUUUUGUUUUACAUCAUAGGAUUCAUACAGGGGAGAAGCCGUAUUCCUGUCCUGAGUGCAGGAAACGUUUUUCAGGGAAAUCAGAGCUUGCUAAACAUCAUAGAUUGCACACCGGGGAGAAGCCGUAUUCUUGCCCUGAGUGCGGGAAAUGUUUUUCAAAGAAUUCACUUCUUGUUGUACAUCAGAGAUUGCACACAGGGGAGAACCCAUAUUUCUGCCCUGAGUGCGGUAAAGGUUUUUUACACAAAUCAGACUUUGUUGUACAUCAGAGAUCUCACACGGGGGAGAAACCGUUUUCCUGCCCUGAAUGUGGAAAAUGUUUUUCAAGGAAAUCGCACCUGGUUAUACAUCAGAGAUUGCACAAAGAUGAGAAUCUGUAUUCUUGUCCUGAAUGUGGGAAAUGUUUUUCACGGUUGUACUCACUUAAUUUGCAUCAAAGACUUCACACAAAUGAGAAGCCGUAUAUCUGCUCUGAGUGUGGGAAAUGUUUUUCAUGGAGGUCAGGCCUUGUUUUACAUCAGAAGAUUCACACUGGGGAAAAGCCGUAUUCCUGCCCCGAAUGCGGAAAAUGUUUUAUACAAAAUUCAGAGCUUGUUAAGCAUCAGAGGUCUCACACAGGGGAGAAGCCAUAUUCCUGUCCUGAAUGCAUAAAAUGUUUUUCUAAGAAAUCACAACUUGUUAUACAUCAGAGAUUGCACAUGGAGAAUCCGUAUUCUUGCCAUGAGUGUGGGAAAUGUUUUUCACAGUUAUUCUCACUUAAUUUACAUCAGAAGUUUCACACAGGCAAGAAGCCGUAUUCCUGCUCUGAGUGUGGGAAAUGUUUUUCAUGGAGAUCAGGCCUUGUUUUACAUCAGAAGAUUCACACUGGAGAAAAGCCUUAUUCCUGCCCCGAAUGCAGAAAAUGUUUUAUACAAAAAUCCGACCUUGUUAAACAUCAGAGAUCUCACACAGGUGAAAAGCCAUAUUCCUGCACUGAGUGCGGAAAAUGUUAUUCACGGAAACCAAGUCUUGUUAUACAUCAGAGAUCUCACAGAGUGGUGUAGGGAUGAGAAAGGAAAAAGAUUUUUGAUUUCACACUUGAAUCCAAAAAGAUGUUGAUGAAAUUUUCUUUGUCACACCAGACAAACUUGCAAGAAUAUUAGUUGACGUAUUUCACACAAAAGGAGCCGUGCUUGUUCAUAACAUUUGAAAUGCCUUGAGUACAUGUUAUUUAUAGGCAUGUGUAGAACACCUGUAACUCAAAGGCAGUCCACAAAAACAUCACCAGUCAUAAAAAAAUCUUACUUUUCGAAGAUUCUGUGGCAACUUCAGAUUCAGACUUUGCUACAGCACGCCCCCUGCGCCCUAGACAUCCUGAUGGGAGCAGUACACUCUCUUUUUCAAAAAACAAGGGCACAUAGACGCGAGCAUCAGAAGAAAAAGAAAGAACGGGUUUUAAGAAGACAAGAAGGGUCCACAGAUGGCAAUACCAAUCAUGUUUUCAAUCAAUAUCCACUCUGGACUGUCCCCCCGCAAGACUAAGUAGGUGCUUGCAAUGUCUUAAAUCUUUCUCAAAAGUGCCUAUCUCCUCAGGAAACCCCCCUAACCUUCCAGAGGUCUCAGAUUCUGCCCCCAAAGACACUUUAAUGUUUUCAAGACUCUUAGGGACAGGUUCCAAGAACAUCUUUAUAGUAUAGAAAAUAAUCAUUCUACUAACAUCUCCAAACACUUAAACCGCUUGAGGACCGC